AGAAAGAGAGAGGGAGGGACGAGAGAGAGUGAUACUAGAGAGAGAAAGGGGGGAACACUAGAGAGAGAAAGGGAGGAACAUUAGAGAAAACAGGACAGUGAAGUGAGUCCUGUGUUGAGGCGAGGCGGGAAGGGAGAGAGCAGAAAGAAAAGAGUGAGAGAGAGAAAAGAGAUAGAAGGGGAAAGGAGGGAGGGACAGAAGGUGAGAGACGACAGGAAGUUUCAGAUCUAACCGACGACGAGUUCAUCGCUGUGUGAGGCGCAGACAAGGGGCGGUGUUGCCGAAGACGCCGGGCGGACUCGCGGACCCGACGGUGGAGGGGGCGGGGAUGCACCCCGCGGCCGGCAAGCCCCCGGGACAGCGGCGGCGCAAACCAGGCCGGCGGAAAACCAAACUGCCGGGUCACUGGACCCCCAAGGGCCCCGGCACGGGACCCACCACAGGGCCACAGGCCCCUCAGCCUGCCAAGGGCCUGGAGCCCAUCAAAAUCCCCCGGAAGAGGGGCCCCAAACCGGGCAGCAAGCUGAGCUGGGCGAAGCGGACGGCCUGGUUGGAGGGUGCCAUUUCGGGACCGGGGCGUCCCGUCACCAGGCCUCGAGGGCGUCUCCCGGCAAACUGGGCGCAGAGGGCGGGGGUACAGCCCGCGCCGGGGGAGCCCAUCAAAAUCCCAAAGAAGAGAGGGCCCAAACCAGGCAGCAAGAGAAAACCACGGGUGGUGCCCAACCCUGUGCCCACGUCCCCCACGAGCAGCACCCCCGAACCCGACACCAGCACUGUGCCCCUGGACAACGCCACCAUCCCCAGCGCCGCCCUGCAGGCCCCCACAGUGUGUGUGUACCUGAAUAAGUACUGCAAGGUGGGGCCGCACCUGGACCCUCGGCGGCUGCAGCAGUUGCCGGACCACUUUGGGCCGGGCCGGGCGUGUUCAGUGCUGCAGCAGUGUGUUCAGGCGUGCGUGGAUUGUGCACACAACCAGAGCACCGUCUUCUCCUGCCUCAAACCCGGGCACGGGGGCGAGGUCAUCUCAGCCUACUUCGACCAGCAGCAUCACACGCUCACCUUGCCCGCGGUGAACAGCGUCACCUACGUUCUGCGCUUCCUGGAGAAGCUCUGUCACAACCUGCGCAGCGACAACCUGUUCGGCAGCCAGCCCGUCCCCCUGCGUGGCCUGCACUACGACGGACACGCCUACUCAGACAGGAGAGGUUUUGGGGAGGCUCUGUCGGCUGGUCCUGGGAGGGGAACCAAGAGGUACCUGCAGGAGUCCUACAGCGCCCCCCUCCCCCUCAAACUGGCCAAAACCCCGCGCCACUCCACAGAAGGUGAGCCCUUCCUAUUGGAGAACGGGGUUGGGGGCGGGGCGGAGCACUUAGACCCCUCCUCGUUGAACCCUGGGUCAGUGGGUCGUCCUCUGGCGCUCCGCUCCCUGUCCCAGACCAGCAGCCCCCCCACCAAGCUGCUACGCCUUGGCUCCGCAGGGUCCGAGCGGUUCCUGCCGUCCCGGGACAGCUCUCGGGCCGGCUCCCAGGACCCCAGCCUCUGGACGGUGGAGGAGGUCAUGCAGUUCAUCCGGGACAUCGACCCCCAGCUGGGCCCCCACGCCGACCUCUUCCGGAAGCACGAGAUUGACGGGAAGGCCCUGCUGUUGCUCCGCAGCGACAUGAUGAUGAAGUACAUGGGCCUGAAGCUAGGCCCCGCCCUCAAACUGACCUUCCACAUCGACAGACUGAAACAGGGGGGGCGCCCGUGAGAGAGCUGCCACCCCCCCCACCCCCCCACCCACGGACUCUCACACAGGACAUGACGCACAUCUCCUGGGCAACCACUGCCCAGCAGUAGUCUGUAGCAUCUAUAGCCAUGAUUUGGGGUCAGAGGUCACACUGCCAGUCCCCCCCCCCCCACACCUCAGACAGCCCUGGGCACUCUUCAGUGCUUAACCCCCCCUCCAGAACCCCCCCCCCCCGAACACCCCCCCCCACCCCCACCUUUGACCUCUGCUCCACUGGUUUUUUUUUUCCUUUCAUUUUGUAGCACAUGCACACACAACCUAGCAGCAUCAUGGGAACUGUAGUCUUUAACAGCCUUUUAAAGGGAAAUACAUUUUUUUUCCUGUUCCACUCCAGUACAUUUCUAGUGGCCUGCUUGCCUGAGAGAGAAGGAAGCGAAGAAAGGUAAAAAGACUCAUUUUGUACAGCCGUUCGGACCAUAGUGGCCAUUUUUGGGGGCCUGUGUUUUAUGGACUUUUAAAAAUGUCAUCUAUUUUUUUUUUGUUUGUUUUUUAUACCCACAAAAAUAUGGGCCUGCUCUUAUCCCCUUCGGUUGGAGGGAAGUGUUCUACGAGACUGUUACCCUGGAUACAAUCACUGAGAAACACUAGUAUUUUUUGAUAACCUGCCGGUUCGGUCUCUGCUCUGUCUCGUUGGGAGACUCGUCCUUCAUACGUCAUUCUUUCUACCCGUUCGCCCGUUACUGGAAUAUGCACCCUUUCUCCCACCGUUAACGCCCCGCCCCCUCCACCCGCUUCCCGCUCUUGUUUAUAAUUACCGUGUCUUUUUUUUUGUCUUUUUUCUGUCGUUAUUUGUACUUUUUUAUUUUUUUAUACGAUAUUCCUAGAGGACGUACAUUCAAAGCAUUAUCUUACAAAAUAAGGUUCAAUAAAAGGCAAAUUAAGUUGCUACUGAACUUU